CCCUUUCUGGCAACAGCAUGCUGUGCCGCACCACCCAUCUCCAUGUGUCUCCAAAAUUGACUUCGCUGCAAAACCAUCGCACUGCCAGCUUUUCCCAUCGAUAGCAGUGUUGAUAGAUUCGUAAUCCCUCAUUCGACGAUGCUCUACUCGGCUGCUGGCCGCCUCAGGCUGGUGCUAAUCACGACUACGAUCGCGCUGCUCCUCGCACUCUACGCCAUCUACAGCCGACCCGCACAAAUACAAGCGCUGUAUAAUUCUCGAAGCACGACGUAUGAUAUCCUAGACGACAUUGCAAAUCGCACUUUAGGGUUUCAGAAAAUCUUCGUCAUCAAUCUGCCCCACAGGACCGACCUACGCGAUGCCGUCUCUCUCGCCGCCGCAUUCACGGAGCUCGAUGUCGAGUUCGUCGAUGGCGUAGUCGGCAAAGAGAUCUCCCUCAAGGCCCUCCCACCAGGCGGCAUUAAAGCCAAUCUGAGCUAUGGCGGACUUGGGAAUUGGCGCGCGCAUAUGAAUGUCGCUCGCAUGAUCGUAGAACAGAAUCUACAGUCGGCACUUGUUCUGGAAAACGAUGCCGACUGGGAUCUCCGUAUCAAAUCACAAAUGAGGCAGUUUGCGAAAGCUUCGCGAUUACUCGUCCAGCCCUUGCAGGGCACCAACGGCACAUUCCUCGAUCCGACGAAUCCACGUCCCCAGCCGACUGAUAGGCCGACCACCUUCGACAUCAGAGACGAGACGCUCGGCCCAACCGUGAAGCCGACCACCUCUCCUUACGGAGAUCUCGACCGAUGGGACUUCCUCUGGCUCGGGCACUGCGGAUGUCGAUUUCCGUGGGCCAGGGACAAAAACGCUCCUCUCGCACGCGCGGCGAUCUUCGACGACGAGACCGUGCCGGAACUCCGCCAUGUCAACAUCGAGCUCGGAGACGAGCAGCUGCGGGAGCAAUACCCCGCCCACACGCGCGUGGUCAGCCGAGCCCGGGUCAACUCCUGCACGCUCGGCCACGCCUUCUCGCAGAAGGGCGCGCGCCUGUUCCUCCACGAGCUCGCCCUGCGCGAGCUGAGCGACUACACCGACAUGGGCUUCCGAUACAUGUGCGACGGCGUGGGCGGCCGGCCGCUCGCGACCUGCCUGACGGUGCAGCCCCAGCUCUUCCAACACCAUCGUCCGCGAGGCUUGAAGUCCAGUCAGAGCGACAUUGACGACCACGGCACGGAGUUCAACGAGCAUGCGGAGACGAUGAACGUGCGAUGGAGCACGAGGAUCAAUUUCAAGCGGCUGGUGGCCGGUCGGACGGACUACAUCGAUUUAUACCCUGAUGGAGCGGAGGAGCCACAGUGGGCGGAAGAUCAGCCGUGAAACCCCUUGACAAUGUUGCGGGCGGCUCGACUGCCGCAGCUCAUGCACGAUGAUAGUCGCGGAUUCCUCAGCACGCAGGCUAUCUUUAUUGACCUUAGAUUUGUCUUGUUAUUAACUCUGUAGAUCUAUAGAAGA